UCUUUGUUUUUCUAAUUUCUAGUCUACUUUGUCUUGCACAUUAAGACACUUUCUCAACACUCUCCUUUCUAGUUUCUUGCUGUGGAUAUGGGGAAGCUUAUGCAUGCCAUUCAGUACAAUGGCUAUGGUGGAGGCCCUGCUGGCUUAAAGCAUGUUGAAGUUCCCUUACCCACUCCCAGUAAAGAUGAGGUUUUGAUCAAAUUGGAAGCAGCUAGUAUAAAUCCAUUCGAUUGGAAAGUACAAAAGGGCAUGUUGUGGCCAAUUUUUCCUCGCAAAUUUCCAUAUAUACCUGGCACUGAUAUAGCAGGAGAGGUCGUGGAGGUUGGUCAAGUUGUCAAAAAGUUCAAACCUGGUGACAAAGUUGUAGCCGUUGUUAAUCCCUUUAAUGGUGGAGGACUAGCCGAGUUUGCUGUUGCGAAGGAGAGUGUCACUGCUUCGAGACCAUCAGAAAUCUCGGCAUCUGAAUGUGCUGGCUUACCUGUUGCUGGUCUGACAGCUCUCCAGGCAAUAACCCAAUCCAUAGGGAUCAAACUUGAUGGAAAUGGUGAACGGAAAAACAUUUUGAUCACUGCUGCAUCAGGUGGUGUAGGUCACUAUGCAGUUCAGCUGGCAAAGCUGGGAAACACUCAUGUGACAGCCACCUGCGGCGCUCGCAACAUUGAAUUGGUCAAAAGCUUAGGGGCUGAUGAGGUAAUUGACUAUAAAACCCUGGAUGGUGCCGCUUUGAAGAGUCCAUCUGGAAAGAAAUAUGAUGCAGUGAUCCACUGUGCAGUUGGCUUUCCUUGGUCCACCUUUGAGCCUAACUUGAGCAUGAAUGGAAAGGUUAUAGACAUAUCUCCUAGCUCUGGUUCCAUGAUGACAUUUGCUUUGAAGAAACUUACCUUCUCCAAAAAGCAACUUGUGCCUCUGCUUCUAAUUCCAAAGGGUAAGAACCUUCAAUAUCUUGUUGAUUUGGUUAAGGAAGGAAAGCUUAAAACAGUUAUAGACUCCAAAUAUCCUUUUACCAAGGCUGAAGAUGCCUGGGCUAAGUGUAUUGAUGGUCAUGCAACUGGGAAGAUAAUUCUUGAGUUCUAGAUAUUGCUUAAUAAUGCUCCAUAAACUUUGUACAGUUGGACACUACAUUAUAUGAAAUGAUUCAGGAAUACCGUGCAGUUUUACAUUGGUAUGACAUGAAUCAGUUAUCAUUUGUUGUGUCCCUAGAUACUUACCACAAACAAGUGAAUGGAUCUCAAUCUAUUGGGUAAAAAAGUUGAGGCUUCACUGAUAUUAUGUAUUGUCUAUAUCAUAGAGGAUGAUUGGAUUUUUGUUGUUUGUACUUUAAAUGUGUGACUUUUGGUUCAAGAAGGAAUGAUUUUAAGUGGCAGUUCAGAGGUUAACUGCUUGAUCUAGUACUACUAUUUUUAUGUGGUUUCAACUUGUAAUCCAAAAAAAAAAAACUUGUAAUCCAUAAACA